AUGCCUUCUGUCGAGCAGUUCAUACAGCAGGCCGACCACCGGCGAGUUGGUUCCGGUGUGGCUCUGCUGGUCAUUCUUGCGUUCUACUCACCCCUUUCCAAGCUGAUCCUGUCUCCAACAUAUGGAUCCUUGCCUGCUGAAAUCUUCCAUGCCUACGGUGUCGCCGUCUUUGGCGGAGCCGGAUGGUUUUUGAAAGACUUUAUUGUCAGACGUCUUGGUCGUGCCGGGGGCUAUCUACUCCCUGUAUUGGCAUUCUGGGUCCCAACUCUCCAGUAUUUCAUGAAGCAGAAGAGCUCCUCAUUGGGCAACCCACUCGGUCCGGUCAUCACAGAGCUGUGUGGCUAUUACCCUCUGGUACUCCUCACAGUGGCCUAUGCCGGAAAGCAAAUUCAAAAGGGUCUAAGACUCGAGUCACAGGGCGACGUGGUCGCUGAGCACAUUCCUCUGCUGGGCACUUACCUUUUCUAUUCUAUUGGAGAUCACGUUGCAAACACAAUCUUGCACUGGAUUGUUGGCCAUACCUUCCUGUUCACCAGGGUUGGAAUGCAGAUGAUUCUUGCGGUGUGUUACUCUGCAAUCCUUCCAUCCAAGUUGCUGGUUCUAGCCAUUCCGUCCGUGAUCUUUUCUUUCACCUCGAACGUCCACUUCGCUGGAAUUAAUGGUGUGAACUCUGCCAUUGAACACGAAGGGUACUCCCUUGUCGCACGUCAUGAGUCCACCACAGGUUACAUCUCUGUGUUGGAUAACCACAAUGAUGGAUUCCGAGUUAUGCGCUGCGACCACAGUCUUCUCGGUGGACAAUGGACCAAGUCAGCUCCCGGCUACCGUCCCGAGGUAGAGGAUCCUAUUUACGCUGUUUUCGCCAUGCUCGAGGCUGUCCGUCUGGUUGAGCCUGAUCAUGGCGUUUCCCGCGUCGAUGCCGAUAGCAAGGCAUUGGUCAUUGGACUUGGAAUUGGCACAACCCCUGCUGCACUCAUCAAGCACGGUAUUGAGACCACUAUCGUCGAAAUUGACCCUACCGUGCACAAGUACGCAGUUGAAUAUUUCAAUCUCCCACAGAACCAUAUUCCUAUCAUCCAGGAUGCCGUCAAAUACGUCAAGAAGGCCCAAUCUGCCCCUCAGCCAAUCCAGUACGACUAUAUCGUUCACGAUGUGUUCACUGGUGGUGCCGAGCCCGCCGAACUGUUCACCUAUGAGUUCCUCGAGGGCCUCGAAGCGCUUCUGAAGGACGACGGUGUUAUUGCCAUUAAUUACGCCGGAGAUCUCACUCUUUACCCAACAGGCCUGGUAGUCCGCACCAUCCGAGCCGUCUUCCCAUCGUGCCGUAUCUUCCGCGAAGAAGCACCCGUCGGAUCUGAGGAGAGCACCGACUUCACUAACAUGGUCUUGUUUUGCAAGAAGAGUGCCAAGACCCCUCUUCGCUUCCGUGACCCUGUCCAGGCAGACUAUCUGCGCAGCAAGUCUCGUGAAAGCUACCUUGUUCCUAAGCAUGAGCUUGAUCCUGCUAUCUUUGCCUCUUACCCCCCGGCUGGUCGAGCUCUCCUAUGGGACAAGGAGGUCGGUAGAUUACACAAGUAUCAGGACCGUAGUGCUUUGGAGCACUGGGGUAUUAUGAGAAAGGUUUUGCCGGAUGCUGUCUGGGAGAACUGGUGA